AUGCUGCCCUUCAUGUACUACAAUACGUUCGGGGUAUCAUGGCCGAUCGUCAGGGACUUUUUCAAGUCCGUGUGCGAGAACGAAGGUGCCGAGCUUCCUAUCUACGGAGCUGGUUUCUGCUGGGGUGGAAAACAUAUCGUCAAUCUAGCCGCCGGAGCGGACAUGGCCUCCAAUGGAAAUCCGCUACUUAAUGCUGGGUUUACGGGCCACCCGAGCCUUCUCGAGAUUCCUAACGAGAUCGAGAAAAUCAAAAUCCCUGUAAGCUUCGCGCUUGGGAAUAAAGAUAUAGUUCUGAAAGCUCCACAGAUUGAGCGGAUCAAGCAAGUGUUCGCUGGCGAGUCCGGUGCUGGAAAAGGAGAAGUCGUGGUUUAUGAGGGCGCCGGUCAUGGCUUUUGUGUCCGGGCUGAUUUUGUUCUGGAAGAUGCGAGUAGACAGGCUGAUGAAGCGGAGAACCAGGCACUGGCCUGGUUCAGAAAGUAUUAG